GAGGGUUCCCCUGGUCUUCACUGACCCCCCAUCUCCCUGCCCCUGGCAGCGGUGAGACCCCCCAGUCCCCGCUGUGCUCCCGCUCUGGUCCCCCAGGACAGACAUCUCUGCCCUUCCCAGGCCCGGUGGACACGCCAGGGUCUCCGCAGGGAGCAGCUGCGGCAAGUCCGAGUCCGUCCCUCCUGGCAGGUCACUCGCUGGCGCCUGCCGCCUCCCCAGCCUCCGUGGACUUUGUCCUGUGACCAGCGGACAGGAUGGCCGGCUGCCCCCCGCUGCUCCUCAUCCUCGUCCUGGCCCUGGGGCCGUGCGGGGCUCUGCCCUCAGUCUUCCUUCCAGCGCCGGCAGCACACGGGGUCCUGGGCCGGUGGCGGCGGGCCAGCUCCUACAUGCUGGAGGAGCUCUUCGAGGGCAACCUGGAGAAAGAGUGCUACGAGGAGGUCUGCGCGUACGAGGAGGCCAGGGAGGUGUUCGAGCACGACGGGGACACGGCUGAGUUCUGGAAGCAGUACCGGGGGGGCUUUCCCUGCGUGUCCCAGCCCUGCCUCCACGGCGGCUCGUGCCAAGACCACAUCCGAGGGUACACCUGCACCUGUGCCGCGGGCUUCGAGGGCACCACCUGCGCAUUCGCCAAGAACCUGUGCUACCCCCAGAGGCCUGAGGGCUGUGCACACUUCUGCCGGCCCGGCCCCACCUCCUACUUCUGCAGCUGCGCGCGGGGCCACCAGCUGGCCUGGGACCGCCGAGCCUGUGAGCCACACGACAAGUGUGCCUGCGGGGUCCCGAAUUCCGUCUGUACGAUAGACUCUGCGGGCUGGUGGAAGACCAGGGCCUUCCCGUGGCAGGUCAGGCUCAGAAACACGCUGGGAACGGCCUUCUGUGCUGGCGUGGUGGUGGACCAGAGCUUCGUGCUGACCACGGCGAGCUGCGCACUCCUGCACACUAACAUCAGCGUGGAGACAGGCCUCCAGGGAGAGCACGAGGAGGUGGCGGUGAGACGCAGACACGUGCACCCGCGGUACGACCAGGACUCAGGAGAGAACGACCUCUCUCUGCUGGAGCUGGCGCAGCCCCUCCAGUGCCCGGAGAUGGGGCGCCCCAUCUGUACCCCCGAGGGGGACUUUGCAGAGCACGUGCUGCUCCCAGGAAAUGGUGGCGUCCUCACUGGCUGGACCUGCAAUGGCUCGGAGCUUGAAGAGGUGCCCACACUGCUGGCGGUCACGCCUGUGGACAGCAGCGAGUGUGCCAGCACCCUCAACGUGACAGUCACCACCAGGACCUACUGUGAGAGGGUGCGCGUGGGCCGCUGCUGGGGGGCGGGCAGCGCGGUGGUCCGGCAGCACCAGGGCACCUGGUUCCUGUCAGGGCUCCUGAGCUGGGCGUCCCCGGACCAGCCCGUGGUGCUUCUCACCAAGGUGUCCCGCUACGCUCUGUGGUUCAGGCAGGUCAUGGGGUGACGUGCUGCGCCAGCUGGUAAUAAAGCCACCUGCCCACGGCG